AUGGCGGCGCCGGCGGGUCGAGACCGGAAAGAGAACCAACCGUACGAUGACGGACGGGGCUACGGCAAGUUCAGGAAGCGUCCUUUCCGCAAAGGUCAGGCCACUCCAUACGAUCGCCCUUCGACCACAAUUCGCAACUCUGGCCUCCAAACCGCCAACGGCAGCGGCAAUGGCUGGCUUUCGAAACUGGUGGAUCCAGCGCAGAGGCUCAUUUCCUCCGGUGCUCAUAGGCUUUUUGCAUCUCUUCUGCGCAAGCGCCUUCCUCCUCCUCCUCCACCGACGCAGCCACCGGAGCCAGAAGCAGAGCGGGACUUGAAGCAGAAGCAACUGGAAGCAAUAUCCAAGAGCAAGCAAGUGGAAACAGUGCCCAUGCUUUCCUCGAAGGCUGCUGUAUACUCGCAGGGAGAACCUAGCCAUAUGCAUGAUCGCCCUAGUAGUUCACUUGGAGGUGCGAUUACUGAUUUGGAGUCGAUGUUGCAGCAGAAAAAAUUUACCAGGCACGAGAUUGAUAGAUUGACAGCUCUCUUGCAGUCAAGAGUUGUUGACUUACCUGUGGAAAAUGAGAAGUCUGAAUUUGUUCCUCCAAAUUCAUUUCAGUUGCAUGACAAGGAGUUUCCUUCUACUCCAGUGAAAUAUAAUGGGACUGGGAACCACCUCAUCGCAUCCCCUGAUGUUCGUGAUCAAGAUGUUGCUUCACCUGCAGAGCUUGCAAAAGCUUACAUGGGUAGCAGGCCUUCAAAAGUAUCUCCAUCUAUGUUAGGUUUGCCCAGUCAACCAUGGAAAGAUGAUUCAGCUCCACAGGUCAGUAAGAUCUCUCGGCCGAACGGGUCAACUACAUCAGCUAUUUACAAGUCUUCUGGCAAAGCUGGAUUGACAGAGAAUGGUUUCAUGACACCAAGAUCUUGGGGCAGAUCUGCUGUUUACAGCAUGGCAAGAACACCAUAUUCCAGAACACUGUCAGCUACUCUAAUCCAGGGUGCCGGGACUUCAUCUGAUGCUUUUGGAGGACGAGUGUCUUCAUAUCAGAGUACAUUGGAGAAUGGCAGAUUUUCUGGGUCCAAACAAGGGACUUUGAAAAGGAGGAGUUCUGUCAUGGAGAGCGAUAUCGGUUCUCCUAGUCCUAUACGCAGAAUACGUCAGAAGUCGAAUCUAAUGUCUGCUGGAGCUCUCGCAGUCCGUGGAACUCGUUCAAAAUCAGAUCCAGAGGAACACCUGGCCCUGACCUCAAAGUCUGUUACCAAGGAUGAACCUUCCAAGGAAAAUGGCGACUACAGUAUUCAGAAUCCAGGAUUCACCCCCGUCUCUUCUAAAUCCAGCGAGAUGGCUUCAAAGAUACUCCAGCAGCUGGAUGUGUUGGUUUCAUCAAGGGAAAAAUCGCCAGCUAAGUUGUCUCCAUCCAUGCUACGCGGACAAGCUCUUAGAAGCUUAGAAAAAAUAGAUUCUUCAAAGUUUUUGGAGACUGUUCAGAACAAUACUCAAGACAAUGCAAGGAACAGUAGCGUGUUAGAUGCUGAACGGUUUAGGCCUGAAAAGGAGGACAGGAUUGAACAAAAUGGUCAAAGCAAAGUAGACAUUGAUGGUGGCAAGGCAGUUGCUAGCACAACUGUAGAGAAACCCAACCCCUUUGAUGCUGGAGUGGUCAAUACAGGAAUAAAAUUUUCUGGUCAAGCCCCUAAGCUAAAAAAGCCAGGUUUCCGUAUGAGUGCGAAUGAGGAUUUCCUGGAGUUUGAUGAUGAUGAUGACACUGUUGGGAAUACUUCUACGGGCUGCGGGACGGGUCAUAUGAAGCUCAGUUCUGCUUCUGAUGGGAGUAAAGCUGAUGAAGCUGCAGUGGUGGAUAAGACUCCAGUUCUUUCUGGAGCAAAUCCCUUGUCAAGUUCUAUACUGAGCAAGAAAGACACUGCAACUCAAAAUGGGCCAACAAGUGUAGGAAGUAGCAGUACUUUUGCUUUUGCUGCACCUUUAUCCACUGAGGUUGUGAAGCAUGCCAUCCCAAGUAAAUCAGCUGAUGUUUCUGAUAAUGCUGCCAUUGGCAUAUUUAGCUCAGGAGUGAAAACUGCCUCGCGAACUGAAGUGAAUGAUGCCAGCGAGAAAUUCCCACUUUUUUCUUCUGUGCCUUCUUUGACAGUUGCAAACAAUGGAUUCAGCACGAAAUUUGGUGCCUCUUCAGGCUCCCAAUUGGAGAGCUCACAGAGGGUCUUACCUGUAGCUGCUGUAGCAGAUCCUUCGGCAAAACAACCUGAUGGCAAUAAAUACGCAGACACAAAUAAACCUGUUGUGUCUUUCAAGACGAGUGAAACUCAACCUUCAUCUGUCUUGGCUUCGUCAUCAGCGGCAGGGAUGUUCUCGUUUGGGUCAGGGCUACAAAAUGGAACAGUCCCAGGUUCGUCAACUGGUCAAACUCUUUCCGAUAGCUCCCUCUUGAUCGUUCCUAAUGGCAGCACCGGCACAGACAUAUCUGUGAAUGCUGUGAACUCUGGUAGUAGUGGCAAUUCAGCGUCAGAGGCAGCCCCAAUCUUGGGUUCAUCUAUUUUCAAAUUUGGGUCACAUCUCACUUCAAGUUCAGUUUCUUUUGCUAAUGCUAGUGGUGACAUCAAUCGAAGCAAAACAGAGACUAGCUUUGGGAGUCUUGCUGGUGAUCCUUUUGCUGAUUCUAAGCCUGCUGUUGCAAGUACUCGAAGUGGCCUUUUUGGCAUUGCCCCUUCCAUAGUUGCCGAGAGCACUACAAGCAGCAGCCCUUCUAAUGAUAUUUCAGCUACCUCUGAUAAAAGUACCUUAGUUAGUAGUCCAUUUGUAAGUACAAGUGCAAGUACCGGAAGCAACCUUGUUGGUGCUACUGCUGCUUCUGUUACAGUUACCAGCAACAGCCCUCUUGGUGGCUCUACUCCUACAGCUACAAACCCAGGAAGCAGCAUUUUCGGUACUGCUGCCAGUUCUAGCACUGGAAAUAGCCUCUUCAGUGCAGCAGCUCCCAGUACACCCACCGGAAAUAGCCGUUUCAGUUUCAGUGCUAACUCAACUUCGCUAGGCCCUGCUAGUCAGGCCCAAGGUCUGAAUAAUACAGCCAGCACUAAGGUAGCUGCAACUGGCUUUGCCACAUCUACCCAAUGUACACCUAGUCAGUUCGGUUCUUCCGUGUCUUCUCCUUUUGGGUUGAGUGCAAAUAUAGCUCCUGCUACUGCUGAUGGUAGUUCAGGUUUUGGUUCAUCAUCGAUACCUAAUCCGUUCAGUACUGGAACUUCUUCUGGAGUGCCUUCUUCCGCCCCGUCUUCAGAAUCAAAUAAGUCUGUUAGCACAAAUGCAAGCACAUCAUCUCCGCUUUUUGGUUCGAGCUGGUCAACAACUCCUGUAUUUGGUAGUGUGUCCAGUUCACCAGCUUCAUCGAGCGGGUUUGUAUUUGGAGCGUCAUCUUCGAGUGGUGCUUCUACUGCAGGUGCCACUGCAUUUGGAUCGUCGGCUAAUGCUACAUCAUCUAGUUCCCCAUUCUCUUUCAGUGCGCCAGCAGCAAAUCCUCCCCCUUCACAACCUGUGUUUGGUAACCCUACUACAACUCCAUCCUUUGCAUUUGGCUCAACUCCAUCAUUUGGCUCAACUCAACCAUCCGUUAGCAACGAUCAAAUGGGAAUGGAGGACAGCAUGGCGGAAGAUACGGUCCAGGCAACCACACCAUCUAUCCCCUUGUUUGGUCAGCAGACUCUGAUACCCCCAUCGUCAGGCUUCAUAUUUGGUUCCGCAGUGUCGCCAACCAGUGGAAAUACUCUUUUUGGUUCUACUGCUCCUCCGUCUGCAGGAACCCCCCAGUUUGGUUCUACUGCUGUAGGAACCCCCCAGUUUGGGUCUACUGCGGCAGUAAACCCCCAGUUUGGUUCUACUGCUGCAGUAACCCCGCAGUUUGGUUCUGCAGCCGCAUCUCCUUCGAUCCCGUUUCAAUUUGGUGGGCAACCAACUCCACAAGCUGCUGCUCCAUUUCAGGCCAGUAGCAGUCUAGAGUAUGCAGGCAGCUUCUCAUUAGGGACUGGUGACAAGAGCAACCGGAGAAUUGUCAAAGUGAGGAAAAGUUCGCGGAAGAAAUGA